AAUCACGGAUUCAAAAGAAUUUGUGUCGUCGGUUUAGCGGUGUUAUGUGUGCUGUGAUUUUUUAAGUUAUUUGAAUACAAUUCGAUAAUUGAAAAAUGUAACGUGAGAAUUAGGUUGUUUUUUAUUUUCAAUCAAUUCGAAUUUUGAAUUCUGUGCACAGUGAGUAACCGAUUACCGAAACAUAUUGUGGUAUUGAAGUGUUUUGGACAAAGAUUUUCGCGUUUAUAAUUAGGUUUUUAUCGUAAAUAGUUAUCGUUAUUUGUGAUUCUGGUGUAAGAUAAGCGUAAUUUGUUCAGGUUCGGCGGUGAGGGAGAGGGAAGCGAGUGUCGAGUCAAAAUGCAGAAUUCUUGAAACCGUCGCCGCGUUGACUCGUUUUUGUUUUAAUUACGACCGAAUAUAUAGGUAAAUGAAACGCGUUCCAUCGAAUUAUUAAUGUGAUAAAAGUUAUUCGCAGUGUUAUUCGUGUGAUAAAUACAUAACAUUCCGUUCAACAAAUGCUCAAAAUCGCGCGUGAAUGUGUUGCAAACAUUUAAAAAACAAAACAGUUCCUCAAAAUGGCUAGUGAUUUAACCAAAACGUCCAAGUGAAUUGUUAAUAGUGUUUAAUCGUGAAUAGUGAAGUGUUGUGUUUUCGCGUUAAAUGUUUGUUGUGUAUAAUCGAUCUGUUCGCGCGUUAUAUAUCAGCGCCAUCUAGCGUCGAGUAGUGAUGUUAAGUUGACGCGAUGGAAGCCGGUUUCAUACCGGUGGGUUCGCCGGGCGCGGGCGGGAGCGUUCCGCCGGCCGCCGUUAUGGCGCCACCGUCGAAUGUUGUUCGCGCGCCUGGGUUGAAGCGCGGGAAAAUGGAGGAGGCGAUUUCGGAUAGGAUCAAAUUGGAGACGGUGCUGGGUCUGACAGUGAGCAGCAAUGCAGCGUUGGACUGCGAUCCGAAUACCGAACUGGUGGCGUAUCCAGCUGGAUGCACAGUGGUACUGUACAACGUGCGCAAAAACCGCCAAUCGCACGUGCUGAACGCGUCACGCAAGAGCGUCACGUGCGUCGCGUUUUCUCCUGACGGCCGUUACCUAGCAACCGGGGAGUGUGGCCAUGCGCCUGCCGUGCGAGUUUGGGAUUUACAGGAUCCCAGUCAGUCUGGUGCAGUUCAGAUAGCGGAAUUUCCUGGUCACACUCAUGGAGUUAAUUGUGUGGCAUUCUCCACAUCGUCCAAAUACCUAGUAUCGGUGGGAUCGCAACAUGACAUGAUAGUCAAUGUGUGGGAUUGGAGAGCUAAUCUGAAAUUGGCUAGCAAUAAGGUAUCAUCCCGUGUAAAGGCGGUCAGUUUCUCGGAGAGUGGAAAUUACUUCGUCACGGUUGGCUUCCGGCAUGUCAAGUUCUGGUAUUUGGAAUAUUCUAGGAAUGCGAAGUUCAAAGAGCCUGUUCCACUCAUGGGUCGGUCCGCCAUACUCGGCGAGCAGAAAGACAACGAGUUCUGCGACGUUGUAUGUGGUCGGGGAGAAUGCGCCGGUAGUACGUACGCGAUCACACGCGGCGGGCUGCUGUGUGAGUUCAAUGAGAGGAGACUGUUGGAUAAAUGGGUGGAGUUACGGACAACAAGCGCGAACUGCAUGGCCAUCGGCUCGAACUACAUAUUCGUUGGUUGCGCGGAGGGCAUAGUGCGGUGUUUUGCCCCGGAUUCAUUACGAUAUGUCACCACUUUGCCCCGGACGCACUAUUUAGGGGUCGAUGUGGCCCAGGGCACGAAUAUUAAUCACAUGUUCAGCCAGCCUCCAAACGCAAGGUAUCCAGAUGCAAUCGCACUUACAUAUGACGAGAGGAAUCACAAACUGACGUGUGUGUACAACGAUCAUAGUUUGUAUGUCUGGGACGUUAGGGAUAUCAAACGGGUGGGCAAAUCCCACUCCGCGCUAUACCACUCAGCCUGUAUAUGGGGUGUAGACAUGGUGGGGGCAAAUGGACCCCUACCGGCCGGCACGUUCCUGACCUGUUCUAGCGAUGACACAGUGAGGUUGUGGAAUUUGAGACCGGAACAACCGAAUAUUUAUAGCAAUGAAUUGAACAAAGUGUUAUACAUAGAUCCCGAGCUAAAAUUCCUAAAGGACGUCGAUUUAACGGCUACGAGUGAUCGAGAUAAAUCCAAGACGUAUGAUGAUAAAAUUGGUGUGAGAUGUGUCCGUGUAUCCCCGUGCGGCAAGCACAUCGCAGCCGGAGACCGAGCCGGCAACAUCUGGAUCCACUCCAGCACUGGAAGUGGAACACCAGCUCACACGCUGGAGGCCCAUGAUGCGGAGGUGCUGUGCUUGGAGUACUCGGAGAGGCCGAGGCUGCUGGCUUCAGCGUCCCGGGAUAGGCUGAUACACGUGUUCCUGGUGGAUAAGGGUUACCAAAUCCUCCAAACGUUAGACGAACAUUCCUCAUCAAUAACAGCUGUGCGAUUCCUUAGCUCAAGCAGUGGAUUACAAAUGGUGUCCUGUGGAGCGGACAAAACCAUACUGUUUAGGCAGUUGAAGACGACGCAAGACGGUAGUUACCAAUUUGCAAGAGGUCAGAACGUAUCUGGUAGAACUACGCUCUAUGAUAUGGAGGUGGAUGCUGGAGGCAGGCAUAUACUUACUGCUUGUCAGGAUAGAAACGUUCGCGUAUACAGUGCAGCUCACGGGCGUCACACUAAAACCUUUAGAGGCACUACCGCUGAAGAUGGUACUUUGAUAAAGGUGGCACUAGACAGCAGUGGUAUAUACCUAGCAACAUCGAGCACAGAUAAAAUAUUAAGUGUGUAUGAUUAUUAUUCUGGCGAGUGUAUGGCAACUAUGUAUGGACAUUCCGAAAUUGUUACCGGUUUGAGGUUUACACCAGACUGCCAACACGUGGUAUCAGCAAGUGGCGACGGGUGCAUAUUCGUGUGGCGCGUGCCUCACGACAUGGUGGUCACUAUGCGGGCGAGACUCGCGCAACAGGCGAUACGGAUGGGCAGGAAAGUAACACCGUCAAACGGUAUGUCAGGCUUGGAAAGCGAAACAGAUUCGCACCUGGGCUCCCCGCCGCGGGAAAUACCGAAUGACGAUAAAUUCGCAGCGCCCGUUGUACCGGACUAUACGUUACGCAUAGGUCGUCUACCAUCAUGGGCUAAGAAGAGUCUAGGUGAUGACGUCAGCACUCCCGCCACACCACCUGAUCCCGCGCCGAGGGGAAAAUGGGCUUCGAGGGUUUUACCUGCAGAAAAAAGAGUAGACUCAGACGGGUCAAAAGACAGUUCGCUAGAUAGCGGUACUGACACUAGAUAUAUAGAGAAACGACGUGAGCAGGGUGUUAAACAGAGGCCGAAAUCGCUCAACCUGUCUCAACUGCCGCGCGUCGAGGCUCUGUUCAGGAACUUUGAUCGAACGAUGCGAGCCACGUACGAUAUAUUGACGAUAUCGCCGAGGGCAGAAAAGGUAACAAUAAAUAUAUCGAAAACGCGUACGCAGGAGACGCGUACGCGGCACCACACGGAUGACUCCUCACUUGGCAGUCUGAAGUUUGAGGACCAAGAAUCGACAGAACACGACGGAGACAUAGAAGACAUUUCAGACGGUGAAAGGACAUCGUCCUCUGAACGGGGGAAUAGACCGACUUACUAUCCUGGGAAUAACGAUGAUGAGACUCCUAGCGAAUUCAUGGUAACAGCAAUGGACGCUACAGAACUACGUCAAUCGAUGCGGCGUUCGAAACGCUGGGCGGGCGAAACGCCGCGUUUGGAAUUACCGCCCGCCACUUCGUUGAGCGGCUCGCCGCAUGACUCUGAGGAUGAUGAGGUAUCAACCCCCUCAGGGGACAACGGGGAUCGCAAUCCGCUGUCCGGUUCGUGCGAGUCGAUAGACACAGCCGGGAGGCGGGAGAAGUAUAUCAAAUCCGCGUUCGAUAGCUUGAGCGGUGUUGAUGUUGAUACUAGUGCACAAACAGGCCACAAUUCGUUAUCAUCGAAGCAUUUACGAGGACCGUCAUUACGACCGGACCCGGAAGCGGUUAGAAAAAGGGAAGAAUUGCAGAGGAGGAUAUUGGAAACUAGACGGCAGUUGGAGAGCGUGGCAUUCCGUUCUAACCUCAAAUCGAGUCAAUCCACGACAGAUUUAUCGUAUAUACCCGAAAAGGAUGGAUCGAAACGGAACAGACCAGUCUCUAUGGCCGUGCCAAGCAAUAGUCGACCUUAUGCGCGCACGCACCUCACGCCGCCGGAGCAAGAGAGCGAGACAGGUAUGCGUCGCGCUAUCUCACUCUCGGACCUCGCGGCCAAGCCAGUGCCGGCUCCGAGGACGCCGCAAGGCCAAACAAAACCCGCACAAACGAACGCGAACUCAAGUAAAUCGCCGAGCGGUUUCACACGACCGGCGCCGCGGUACAACAACAAGUCGAACAUGACGAGGAGCAACAGUGUUGGCGUGUUGAACCAGAGCGACUCAGAAUCCGAUCCCCAACCAUCCAGACAACGAGGCGGUGGGCUAAUGCGGCCAACAAUAAGUUCUAUGAAUAAACAAGCUACCAAUACAGCAAGGAGGCGGGGUCUAGCCAAUGCGUAUAGUACAGUUAACGUCGCCCGUUCGGAGUCGAGCUCUGAAGCCGAGGAACGAGAGACCCCGCGGCCGAGAGCUGCGAGCGCUGAUCGAGCUACUAGACGAUUGGGUCGCAGCGGCAGCAAUGGCGAUUUAUCAGCCAAAGCCCGCGAAGUGACGAACAGACUGACGAACACGACGAGACAGCGGCCGAAGGAAGUUGAGAAUAAUUUAUCAUCAUCACAACAAUGCAGCACGCUCACGGAACAACUGACGAAGACGGCCAGCAAAGUGGUUCAACUGUACCGUACGUUGCAAAGGGAACCGAACUCAGCGGCUGAGAUUAGUGGCUUAGAAGCAGCCAUUUUAGAAACUCAAAAGGUCCUUCGAGCGGCGAUACCCGGCGAACCAGAUAAUAGACAGAGGAUUGAUAAUUUAUUAUCUAAAGAAGGUCCAACAACCGGCAACCCAGCCAUAACCCUCAUUGAGCAAUACUCGGACAUAUUGCUCAACAUGAUGCAAAAUAAAAUGGUCAAUCAGUUCUCACAGAGCCCGCAAAGCCUUCCCGCGAGAGAACCCGGGGCGGAUAGCUAGUAUAGGAACUAAAUGUAUGGCAACACGAUAACUAGUAAAUGUGUUUAAUAUCAAAAUGGUUGACAACACUGGAUAGCGAGAAUUUUGAGAUAAUGAUGGCAACACUCAUGAGAAGUAGGAAAAUAAAAGUCAAUAUGUGAAAUUUGAGCUACUGAAAUAGGUCAAAUAAGAAAAUACAUAUAUCGUCAAUAUGUAAAUUUUAAUAGUUUUUAAAAAGUAAAAAAGACACUGUAUUAGCACAUGAGGCAACACUGAACUACAACUGCAAACUAAUUUUGAAAAUAGAUCGACAUUGAAAUUGUUUGAAAAAGAAAAAGAGACUACCUAUGUGAAAAACAGAAUUUUGAAUAUAGAAUGUUGUGUUUAUUCGAAAUCGAAAA